AUGCAGACGAUCAAGUGUGUCGUCGUCGGUGACGGAGCUGUCGGCAAGACGUGCCUCCUCAUCUCCUACACCACCAACAAGUUCCCCAGCGAAUACGUGCCGACGGUGUUCGACAACUAUGCGGUGACCGUCAUGAUCGGCGACGACCCGUACACGCUGGGCCUGUUCGACACUGCCGGUCAGGAGGACUACGACCGUCUGCGUCCGCUCUCCUACCCCCAGACGGACGUGUUCCUGGUGUGCUUCAGCGUCACGUCUCCUGCGUCGUUCGAGAACGUCAAGGAGAAGUGGUUCGCCGAGGUGCACCACCACUGCCCCGGCGUGCCGUGUCUCAUCGUCGGCACGCAGGUCGACCUGCGCGACGACGCCGCCGUGACGGAGAAGCUGGCGCGCCAGAAGCAGCGCCCCGUUGCAUUCGAGGCCGGCGAGCGUCUGGCGCGCGAGCUGGGUGCCGUCAAGUACGUCGAGUGCUCGGCACUGACGCAGAAGGGCCUCAAGAACGUCUUCGACGAGGCCAUCGUCGCAGCCCUCGAGCCGCCAGUGGUGCGGAAAAAGUCGAAGUUCUGCGCCAUCCUCUAG